GGUUAUGGCGGUGAGGUGUUUUUUCUGUUAGGCCCGAGCGGAGCAGUGAGGCCCCGGGCCGGCGUUUCAUACAGAACCGGGGGACGGCGGGAAUAUGAAAGAAGUGCCAACAUGACAUCAAGAUAUGGGAAAACCUACAGUAAGAAGGGGAGCACUGGCAAUUCGAAAUUUGACGAGGUGUUCUCUGGUAAGCGAGCGAAAAUCAGCACGAAAUGGGGCGAGACCACCUUUAAGGCUCAGCUGGGCCAGAAGAGACCGAAUGUGAAAGCAGAGCCAGUGGAACAGCCCAAGCGGCAGAGGGUUGAAGACCACUUGCCAGAGGACCCAUUUGGGUUUGACAGUGACGAUGAUUCUCUCCCGGUGUCAUCGCGAAAUCCGGCUCCGGCCAAGGUGCCGCAGCCUGUGGAGUCUCUGAAGCGAUCCGAUGCGGACGGAGUGACCUCCCUGCUGGAGGUGAACAGUAGGAUGAUCCGGCCUGCUGGCGGCGAGGCUCUCGUGUGCAGCAGCAGGUUUGCGUCCUUGGCUGAUACGGUCCAGGAGAACAGUUUGGGUCGGAGUUUCGAUUUGUGUCCGGAGACCAAAGAAGUCCAUGUCUCUGGCAACAGGUUGAACUCACUAGGGGGUAAGCACCAAGAUCCAUUGAGAGAAGGAAUUGAGAAAAAUAGUUUUCCCAAGAACAAGAAUGCAACUGAAAAUGAAAAGAAAUCUGAAGAGCCCAGCACAAGACAGGCUGGUAUUAAAGCUGAUGAAUCACCUUUGGAUAGUUGGGAUGAGAUCAUGAAGAGCUCAGGGUCACCCUCUGAACUGUAUCAGAGGACAGAAUUCCAGCCAUGGGUUGGUGGACUUGGCCGGAUGCUUGGUGUCAAAAACGAGGCCUCUGAUGGAAGGCAAGGCAAACGUCGAGAUAUUUUCUUACACCCCGAUAAGCCUCUGGAACUUAAAGGUAACCAAGGAAUUUUUGAGCGGGCAGAAUAUUCCAGUUUCAAGGAUGAGGAGAUAGAGAAUGACUCCCAGCCACUCAGGUCAAACUGCAGGACGUACUGUCGUUCAAAUAAAGGUAAAUCAGGAAGUGCUGGCACAACAAAUUUUGAUAAAAUAAUUGAUGGCACUGGGAAAUCUGCUCAGGCUGACCUAAUGGCCAAGGACAGCUUAAAACUAGACACCAAAACUUCAGGGACAACAGGCAGGCCAUCUACAGCUCGGACUGCAAGAGACACUAUUACCUUGCCCUCGUCUUAUCUAUCACCUUGCAAUGUCACGCUUCAGGAUACCACAGACAGGAGCAUGGAUGAAUUUACCACCAGUCCAGCUGACCUGGGAGAAGCAGGCCGCUUAAGGAAAAAAAACGAUGCUGCGGCGGGUAAGACUGCUGUCAGAUUUCGGCCGACUCAGUCCAAAUCCAAAAAGGACGCAAAGCUGGAAUUCUUUGGUUUCGAUGAGCAGGAGGGAGAGGAAGGUGCCUUCCAGUCAACUGGUGGUGCAGCCAACUAUAAAAUCAAGUACUUUGGUUUUGAUGAUCUGAGUGAAAGUUCUGAUGAGGAUGAUGACUCUGAAUCAGAAGGCAGGCACCGGAAAAAGUCUUCAGCCAGAAUGGGUGAUGUUGGGGAUCUUCUGUCGAACUCUGAGUCAUCAGACUCUCAAGGAAGCCACUCGCAGUCUCAGCACAGCACAAGUACAGAUCCUCUGGAGUUCAGUGAUGAGUCAAAUCCCAAUUUCCAUGAUGUUGGUAGGAAACAAAUUAACAGACAGGAAAAAGCCAAGGAAAAUACCAGGAAAAUCUUCCAUGGACCUAAGCGGUCUCCUACUAAAGCUGUGUAUAAUGCCAGACACUGGAAUCAGCCCGAGGCAGAGGAGCUCCCUUCAACGCUGUUACAAUCUCACAAUAGCACAGGGAGCGCCGCAAGUAAGCAGCCACUGGUACAGUCUCAGACAACACCGGUCAUAGCCACCACAAAGGAAACUGCUCAGAAAGAUGAAGGUGUCUUCAAAGCCCCUCCUCCUCCUCCCCGUGUGAUCAAAACUGUAACAAUACCGACCCAGCCAUACCAAGACAUUGUGACCGCACUGAAAUGUAGGAAGGAGGAUAAAGAGCUAUACACUGUGGUCCAGCACGUGAAACACUUCAAUGAUGUAGUGGAAUUUGGAGAAAACCAGGAGUUUACAGAUGACAUUGAGUAUUUGCUCAGUGGAUUGAAGUGUUCUCAGCCUCUCAACACACGCUGCCUUAGUAUUAUCAGCUUGGCCACCAAGUGUGCCAUGCCCAGUUUCCGAAUGCACCUAAGAGCUCAUGGGAUGGUAGCCAUGGUCUUCAAGACACUGGAUGAUGCACAAAAGAACCAGAAUCUAGCUCUUUGCACGGCCGCACUAAUGUACAUCCUGAGCCGAGACCGACUGAACAUGGACUUGGAUCGAGCCAGUCUGGACUUGAUGAUUCGCCUCCUAGAAUUAGAUCAGGACCCAUGCUCGCGUCAACUGAAUGAGAAAGAAAUGAAAAAGAUAAAAGAGAAAAUCCGCAAGCUCUGUGAAACUGUUCACAACAGGCAUCUGGACUUAGAGAAUAUCACGACGGGACACUUGGCAAUGGAGACACUGCUCUCCCUCACAUCCAAACGAGCAGGAGACUGGUUUAAAGAGGAAUUGAGACUCCUGGGAGGAUUGGACCAUAUUGUAGAUAAAGUAAAAGAAUGUGUGGAUCAGUUAAGUGAAAAUGAAGAGGAGGACAAACUGGUUGCAUCAUUAUGGGGCGCAGAGCGCUGUUUACGUGUGUUGGAAAGUGUCACAGUUCACAAUCCAGAAAACCAGGGUUAUCUUAUAGCGUACAAAGACUCCCAGCUCAUCAUCUCUUCUGCCAGGGCAUUGCGACAUUGUGAGCAGUUGAUCACACGGUAUAACCGGGAAGAUAGCAAGCUCUGCCUAGCAAACAGCAAUUCUUUGCCGGAGUACGGUGCCUCUAGUCACAUUGGCAAAGCAGUAGAGGACUGCAUGAGAGCAAUCUUUGGUGUCCUGCUGAACUUGACCAAUGACAAUGAGUGGGGCAGCACAAAAACUGGUGAGCAGGACAACCUCAUCAGUACAACCAUGAACUGCGUGCUUCAGGUGCCACAGUACAUACCUCAGGAACAGAGAUUUGAUAUUCGAGUGCUGGGUCUAGGCCUGCUGAUUAAUCUUGUGGAGCACAGUGCUCGCAAUAGGCAUUGUCUUGUUGACAUGGAAACACCAUGCUCCUUUGAUUCAUUCUGUGCUGUGGAUGGAAACGAUAGUUUGCGGAUGGAAGGACAGGUGCGAGCUAUCGAGGCCUUGGUGCAGUUGUUUCUGCAGCGGGAGCGAGCUGCCCGUCUUGCAGAGACUGAGACUGAUGAUUUCAUCAAAGACACACCAACAGCUCCUCAAGACCAGAGUGGCCAGUGGCAGGAGACUGCAGGGUCAUUAGAAUGGGUGCAAUCAGAAAAUUGUACCAAGAAUGACAAUAAUGAAAAGAAAGAGGAGGAGGAUGAAGAGAUUGACCUGAAUAAAGCCCUGCAGCAUGCUGGAAAGCACAUGGAGGAUUGUAUUGUGGCCUCAUAUACAGCACUGCUUCUGGGCUGCCUAUGUCAAGAGAGCCCGGUGAAUGUUACUACUGUGAGGGAGCUUUUACCCGAAGGAGACUUCUCCAUAAUGACUGAAAUGUUGCAGAAGUUUUUGAGUUUCAUGAAUCUCACGUGUGCAGUGGGAACGACGGGACAGAAAUCCAUCUCUCGAGUAAUUGAAUACUUGGAUCACUGCUAAAGAACUCCAAGCUUCAGCUACAGAUAGGCUGUGUUCUGUCCCUUGGGGUUAAACCCCUCCCUCGUCAACCAAUCAUAUGGGCAACGCCUUCUCCCACCUUAUGUGUGGAAAGCACCAAGGGGAAGCUCACUCUGGUUUAUCAGUGACCGCUUCCAAAGGAGCUCAUGUCCAUUGUACCUGGCAGUACCAAAUGAAUGAAAACAGUGAAUCUGGUUGGAGGCAGAAAGAAAUCUGCAGAUGAAUGUGCUGUGCUUUAAGACACAGCUGAUAGUAAUUGCAUAGGUUGAAUUAUUCCAUACCCACACUGGUAUGCAGACAGCCCCAGUAUUGAGAAGCUUUCCUGCAAGAUCAAAAUAGAGUUUAAUAAAACUAAAUGGCCUUGUUUUACUCAGCAAUACUACAGAGUGCUUUCAUUGAUCAGGUUUAUGGUUUAGUGUGGGUAUGGAAUAAAUCCUGUACCCCACAUGUUUUUUGUUUAGUUACCAUGACAAAUGUAGACAUUGCUGUGAUUGGUGACUGUUGCAUCUGAGCACAGUGCAUACGGUCAAUUGACAACUAAUUCAUUCGACACCAAAAAACCACACAACCCUCCAGAAAAGGUAUUUGUUUUACUGCAAGUUGAAUGGAUUGACAUGGUUUAAGCUUUGACUCGUGUUCUAUAUAUAGAGUUAAAUAACGCAGGUAUAUAAUUAUAUAAUAAGACUAUUUGUUUUAGUUCUCCUGGUCCAUUCAACUUGUAUUAAAAUAAAUGGUGUGGAUUAAAGGAGCCAAUUACAAUCUCAAAUAUCCCAUCGAUAAUGUAAUAUCCCUUAAUGGAUGAGGAUUUUAUUUUGUCUUGAAGUCUUCAUCCUAAUUUAUCUUAGACAUGUUUUAAAAUUGGAAAAGCACACCAGCCGUGUCCAGGUCCCAACCUGAUUUGGUUACCUGUAGUUAUCUCUGGGUUGAGUCUCGCUGGAUCCACAGAAAAUAUGUACAAGAUGCCUGUUUCAAGAUGACUGAGUGUUGUUGUGAAGCUAGGUGAUAACUUUCAAUACUCAGUUGUCAUAUUUGAUUGUGGUUAGUCUUUGACUGCGUUUUGGAUGUUUCAGUGCUGUGAUCUGCUUUUGAGUCUCUAACGUCACCAGAAGCCAUUCAGUGCUCCUGAGAGUUUGAACACUGGAGUGAAGCAACAUCAGUUUUCUUCAUCUUAACUUAGAAAAUUCCUGUUUAUGCUUAUAUUAAAUACAAUGAAAUGGCCGAUCAAAGCAGGAGAGGAGAAAGCAAUGGUAUAUGAAAAAUAUUCCAAGGUUCUCAGUUUUAAUACGUUAGUUUCCUUACUGAAAACUAUUGAGUUUAGCUAUGAGCAGGGCUGUAUAAAAAUCGUACCUCCAAUUGCAGGCAUUUGCAAUGUCUGCAUCAGUAACAUUGGGAUGUUAAACAUAGGUGCAGAGCAGGAAUGAUAGUCAUCAGCCUUUGCCUUCUCCACUGCCACCCACCUCUUUCUCUUUUCCGGGCAAUGACAAGCAAGUGCACAAUACCUGUUUAAGUUUUGCAGUUACACCAGGAGACUGCUGAGGGCAGAUGUGUCUUAAUUUUGAUACUCAAUUAAUAUAGUCGGGAGAAGAGUUGGGGAUGUUCCUUGAAGUUAAAUCACUAUGUGCAGGUAAUCGAACAAAGCUAUGUUGAAUAUUAUAAUGUAAGCAUUUUAGAGUUGAUAGUUAUUUCCACACAUUUUAAAAAUUUGCACUUGCAGAAACCAGUAACGUUCUGUGUCUUUAUCAGAGAAAAUAAUUGUUGUGACAGUUUUUACCUCCCCGCAGGCAGAAUUUGAGCAGCUUUUCCAAACUUGAUUCAAGGUAGAUCCAUCUUAUGAGUAGUUGAUGAAUGUGCUACGGAAGUGAGCAAUCUGCUUCAGUUUGACUGGCUUAUAUAGCUAGUAAAGCUGGCUGAUAAAUAAUGAGGAAAAUGUUGGUAUGAAUCAAUAUAAUUUUUUUCUAGUUAUAGAAUUGGAAAAAGAAUGAUGAAAUUAUUCUCUACUGCAUAUUUUAGGCUCAAACUAAAGGUGUGGAAAAUGACCAGCUGAGCCUGUCAAUGAGACCUUCUUCCUUUUGUGUUUCUGGUGUAGGGUUGCAUUUUUACCUAUUCUAUUUGCCCCACAUUAAAAACACCAGCUGGCAUCUCCAUUGUAUCAAAGGCUGCAAUGGAAACUGAAAGGGGCUCCCAACCUUUUGUUAUGCCAUGGACCCUGACCCCUACCAUUAGUUGAGGGGUCUGAGGACCCCAGGUUGGGAAUCCCUGGUUUAUGCAGACAAAAACCAGCAAUAUAUAUAUAUAUAUAUAAAAUAAUGUUGGUGGGUGUCAUUUGGAAUGCCAGUGAGUUACUGUGAGGUUUGCAGGUCAUGAAAUUUCAGUGCAAGACGAGGUAGUUACUUACUUCCCCAUACUUACUGCCCUUUGUGUUUUCAAUUCAAAUGGAUUUUGAUUGGGAAUGCUGCUUUGAUAUAAUUGGAAGGAGCUGGCUGCUCUGAAUUACUGAGGCAGCUCUCAAUCCAAGGCGCACCUUCAGUGUUCUUUAUGGAUGGAUGAUUGUUAUUAAUUAUUUAACUGUAGAAAACCAAAUGACUGAAGAACUAGGAAAAUCUUUAACAUCCUUAUCUUCAUGUUAACUAACUGGUUUUACCCUACCCAUGCCAUUUUUUAAAAGUCCAAGAUAUAAUGGCUCAACAUUUUAUUUGCUGAUUUUAGUCGGAUGAAAUUAUAUGUGUGAAUUACCCAGCUCUGCAGAAUCUUUUUAAGUCAUCUGCUAUAGCAAAUUACAAUAUGAGUCUUUGGUAUGUUUGUCCAGAUGGAAUACAAUCUCUGUGAUGCUGAAUAGGUCUUCAUAAUGUGAAAUAAAAGCUAUUGAGAACUAGGAGGCACAAGUUUUAAUCUCUGGAAUCCAACUUCAAACCAGCCUGGACUGAGAGAUCCAGCAUUCAACACUGGCGUAAUAUUUUGUAAGGGAUUGAUUAUUGCCACAAGUAUCUUUGAGUUUAAUGAGAUUUGAUUCUGUAUUUGCUGGAAAUGUGAGCUGUCAGUUCUCCAUAUUGAUUCCAAAGGUAGAGAUCUGUUCCCUCCACUGACUCACCUCUUCUGAACAAGCACUGGAAAUGUGGAUGGUGGGGAUUAUUGACAAUUCACUGUGUUGAGUGUCUGUCAGAGAUACUAUGAGAGCCCUUUAGUAACUAAUUAUCCCUCUGCUUUGACUUUGUCUUUUCCACCAAGCUUUGUAUCUUUGCUGUUGGAGUAGUCUGCAAUUUCUGCUUGCUUAGUCUGGCCACAGGUAGCUAGCUGCUGGUCAGCGGUUAUUUCCCUUCAGGUCAAUAAGAACUAUGCAAAGUAUACUAUAGUUCAGUAAAAUGCUUUUAACCCCUUUCUCCCCAUUGUUUCUCCCCCUUUGUUUAACCUUUGAUAUCAUUCUCCAGUGGUGUUGAUAUUGUUGGAAGGAUUGGGAGCUGUUCUGUCUAUAAUCCAGGAAUUUUAGCUAAUGUUCCUUUUCGUGUGGUUCAGUGUCCAGAUUCUGAUCAUUGUCUGUCCCUUUUUAUCAACAGUUUUCACUAAAGAUGUGAAGUUAAAAUCCUUUGUUCAGGGUAGAACCUCUUUUAAUGAUAUGUACAAUAGGUUUAUUCUACCCUCUGAGAGGGAAUUAUUCCCAUUCCUUUCCAAUAUCAUAUAAACUGCCCCAUGUCCAAACCAUGUACCUGUAUCUUGGAAGAGUACAGAUGGUAUUCUGCACUGAAUGUGAUGGAAAUCAGCUGAAUUAGUCUUUCCUGUUCUGGUGAAGGCACAUGUGGAAGCACCUCUCGAGGAGUUUCACUCUUGCAUUCUUUUGCUCAGUGCUGCUGUACUGCUUGAUGCCUGCUAUGGGAGGAGUAUCUUCCAUGAACAACCCGGUUCGUGCUGGGUUUUCUUCACUACUCUUUGUAGCUGUUCCCUGAGAAAAGUAUAUCUCUGCUUCGUAUUUUUAACUUUACAGAUGAUUGAAACCUCAGUGAUUUAACUUGACUAAAUCUGGCUGUAAACUUCAUGGUGCCAUAUUGAACGUUCAUCGAUGCUGCAAAACAUGCGUGAAAUAUCAGUCAGUGGAGCCAGAACGUGUUUAGUGGGGAAUGAAUGAAGUGUAUUUUUACAGGAUUUAUAGAAAUGGCUCCUGAUUUAUUGCUUGGAAACCGGCUUUCCAAAUACAAAUUAAUGUCAACUGGAUCAAGGUAUGAAAUAUGUUUUUUUCUCAAAUCCUGACUCUCAGGAUUGGGUGAGAUUACAGAUUGUUUUCAGUGCUUCUUUGGAUCUUGUAAGUUUAUGAACACAAACAAAAUUCAAGAUUCCACAAAUUUAAAAGUUUCCGUUCUUGUAGAGGUCAUUUGCUGCAGAUUCUCUGGGCAGUAGACUGCUCCGAUCUUCAGUCUGGCCUUUUGAACAGACUCUCAGUUCUAAAUAGCCGGUGUUUUUUUAUGAAUGUUCAGACUAAAUCUAAUCAAGCCUCCAGUUUGAGAUUUUAAAGCCAUGUUUUAUAUUUGUCAAAGUAAAGCUACUAAAUAUUUUUAAGCAGAUACAAUUUGUUUAAUUCUAGUCUGCAGUUUACAGCAGUGCAGCUUCUGUCUCUUCUAGUUGGGCUUGCUUUUAGGGAAAAAUGUAGGGGUCUGGUUGUGGUGAUAUCCCAGUUACUUUGUCACUCAUUUACAUUGGAAACCCAGUUUCUAUGGUUCAUAUGUGAGAAGAUUACAAUUCUGAUAACGAGGUUUCAUCUUGUCCUUGUUCAAUGAAGUAGGAGUAGAUGCACUAAAUGUAGGAUCCAAAUAUUUAUCCAAGUUCCCCACAACUCUAUAGCAUUAAUAAAUGUGAAUCUGCUCCUAUCAGCAUACUUGAUGUGUUAAGUUAGUAUCAGACUUCCAUUGUUGAAUUCUGAACUUGUGUCAUUAGCAGCCAGUCUUUCAAUUAUUGCCUCAAAAGUCAAUUUAUUCCAGAAAGCGGGGGAUGUUGCUGUUAUCGUGAUCAUUGGCUAGUUUUUAAAUUGGCUGCUGAGAAUAGGUGUGAUUGACUAUCAGUUAUGAAUAUAUUUCCAUUUCCAUUUCCAUUUCUGUUCCCUUGCGUUGAAUCAAAUAGAGUGAAUUAUGUAACUCAGCCCCAUUAAUGUAUUGGAUCCUGAUUGUACGUACCCAAGGCAAAAAUUCUUCAAUGGACGGACUAUCAAUGCUUCACUGUUUGGGGAAGAUAGAAUCAAGUAGAACAUACCUAAAAUAUAGUGUUAUCUCAAUUUUACAAUCAUGAUUCGGGCUUAAAUCAGAAGCACUCUUAGCAGAGUUGUAUUAGAGUUUUUAAUUCUAUAGCCUGCCCUGCCAGGUGGUCAGACACAUUCGGGAUUCACUUUAAUUUCAUGAGUGACCCGAGUUAAUCAAAAAUCCCUUGAUGUAGUUGAAUAUUUCACAAGAGCAUAAGUAAUAUAAAUGAUGUUUCAGUGAAUUUUUUUGGACAUGCUUUGAAUUUUAGAACUGAAUUGGAAGGUGGGGCUUGGACACUGGUUCCAGAAAUGCUAGUCUUUUAUAUGGAGGGAUAGGUCCGGUAGGUGAUGGUUUUUAUUUUUUGUAUGUAAGGAUUGGAAAAUGUUGCUAAGUAAAUUUAGCAAUGGCAUUGUUACUGCUCAGCUUCAUUUAUGCUUUAUUUUUCCCUUGCUUUUCUGCUGCUUUGCAGAUAACAUGAUAGAAACGUGAAAUUUGUUGGGUUGGGGGUUAAUGUUACCACAGGGAGCCUCAUCCUUGUGUCCAUAACAUGGAAAGAGAAAAACAAGUAGCCUCAUCAGUUUAAUCCUUACACUUUGGAUGAACUUUCAUAGCUAUAUAGUUGUUGGUGCUUUUUUUAAAAAGAAGGCUUCCCUUAUAAAAGAUUAUGUUGUCAGGCAUUGGGGUUCUCUGAACAAGAAUGCCUUAAUCGGUAGGCUUUGGUUAUUUAUGUUAAUUGGAAAUAUAUGAAAUAAACCAAAAUGAGAAGUUUGAAUUUCCAGGUCUACCCAGAGAGGCAGAGUAAGUUGCAGUAUCAUACAAAAGUGUUUUCUUUGACUGGUGCCCCUAAUAAUGGAUAAUGUAUUCACAUCCACUGACUUGGACACUGUGGCUUUCACCGGGUUUCCCUCCAUUGCUUCCAUCUCUUGUCCACUGAGCUGUGCAGAAGGAAAUGAACUGAAAUAACUUUUCAAUACUUUCUUUGCUGGAGUAUCUGAACAUGCUGAAGACAGCAUCCAUUAUUCAGAUCCUAACAUAUUCAUUUUCUUUAAAGUUAUCAUUUCAAAGCUCUAAUGAGAAUUAAGAUUGUGUCUGUCAAAUUUUUCUUGUAAAAUUAUAAACUUAACCUGCAAAAACUAUUGCUGUAAGUUAAGAUCCUGGAUAUGGCUUGCGAUCGUCCUGCACAGUGGUCAUAUGCAGACUUCUUCAGGCCGAAACCAUUUGAAAUGUCUAUUCCCGUUCCCCGAGUAUACGUCCUAGGUGCUUCUACACUCAAGCCCAGACCAUAUUCAUUAAUCAUGUAUCCAACGGAUGUCAUAGGCGCUUUCUCAGUUAAAGUGAGAAAGUGCCAAGUAUAUCUCACCAGUCAGCAAUUCUGAAAAUUUGAUACAAUUAAGCCAGUUAAUUGGAGUUUAUCAGGGUGUACAUGUUUAAAGAAUAUUUUAGUGAUUAUAUCUCUGCAAUGAAUUGUUAACUGGGAGAGAAUAAUAAAUAUUUCCAUUAACCACAUAGUCUGUGAGUAGCACGACAUGAUUCUUAAAUGUGAAAACCUGCUUAUUCUCGCUGCCAUUCAUCGAAUAUUCUUUGCAGCUGCCAGUUUGAUUGGGAAGGUUUCAUUUCAUUACUUUAGGUAAAGUCAGGAUAGGUUUGCAGAUACUGUCCACCUCUCAAUUCAAAUUGAUCACCUACAUAUUUUUCUCACUGCUAGCUUGUGGUGCAUUCACAUCCAUUUAAUGGCUAUUUCCGCAGAAGCAGACCUUGUUUGCGCGAGUCCCAUUUGGAACCCACUUGGGCUUCCAUGUUGACAUGCACACAGUCUGAAAACGCUGAGCUUUGCAUGAGGUUGCUUGAUUUAAGCUGAUAGGAGUAUGGGCUUCUGUUCCAUUGUGAUGGUUCACUCACAACACUUUCAGAAAGGAAAACGUGGCCUUUGAAGUUUAGACUCCAGUGUGAAUAGAGAGUGAACAUAACUUUCAUAUUCUCAUCUAAUUUUUUUUCAGUCAAGUAACAUUUUAAAGCCUUCUGCUGUGAUAGGAGGGGUGCUUCAAACUUGGGAGAGUUCAUGUCUCGUGAUCUUGAUCCUGUGUAUACUUGAUCCUCAUUGACAGAAUGGGUGAAAUACUUAUCUCUGGGCUGCACGGUUUUCCGGAAGUUGUGUAAUUUAAGCAGCAAAACUCUAAAUGACUAAUUGUGUGGACUUCUAAAGGUGCAUUUGAGGAUUCAAGAAGCAUUCUUUGAUGCACUGAUCUUUCAUUCUGAAGUAAUCCCAGCCUAGUUAUGGUUUUGUAGAUGAGAGGUAUGGUUGAGUUACUUUCGAAGGAAGGUUACCUCUGAUGCAUUUCCCACUUAUCUCUGAGUUUCACUCCCAGCACUCUGUCAGUUACUUGUGGCUUUUCCCACAAGUUAAACCCUCAUGUCUACAUUUGCAAUUGUUUUCAUUCCAUUCCGUUGUUGUAAACACAUGACUGGGAAGGGUACAUGAGGGCAUGAACAGAAUGGAUUUAAAAUAAAUUUUAAAUGACUUUCUUUGUGUAAAUAGUUGUGUAAAUAUUGGCAAUUGGAAAUUUAGAAUGGUAGAAAUACUUUUCAGAUUCCGAUCCUAUUUUUAUUUUAUACAUAUUUCUCAGUUUCAAUCUUUCAGAGUAAAAGCCAAAUGGCAGGAAAUAGAGUUUGUACCAGUUUCUGAAGUAUGUCUUUGGUUACCUGUAAAUAAUUUUAACUCGAAUAAAAAUUGCUACUUUCAGUACA